AUGGUCACGUGGGUUGUUCUCGUGGCUCUCCUCGCCAUCCUCGGCAGCGCAGCAGGCGAGCAGUGCUGCAUCGAAAUCCAAAGUGGUUCGCCACAAUCGUGCGGAUGCUCCGGACCUACGCAUUGCAACAAUGUCAUCACCGUCUUGAGCACCGACAUUUGCGCCUUUGACUGCAACAACACGCGCGAUUGCAACCUCGACACCUGGGUCAUCCUCGUCAUCAUCGGCCUUAUCAUUGCCGUCAUCAUCUGCGCAUCUGCUUGCUGUUGGUACUAUUGCUGCCGCAACUCGCAGAACAACUACCAGGCUCUGCUCGCCGAGAAUGCCGCACGCCGUGCCGUUCAGCCCGCUGCCGCGUCGCACGGCUACGCCCAGCCGCACGGCUACGCCCAACCGCACGGCUACGCCCAACCGCAUGGCCCGCAACCUGCCCAUUUCUAUCCGCACUACAUCCCCGCCCCGGCCUUCCAGCCGCCGCCGCAUCAUCCGCUCAUGUUCUCCAAGCCGCAGCGGCCGCAACCUGCUGCCGGCUCGGUGACCCCGGCCGACGCGGGAGCCUCAUACUCUGCCACCCCGUCCGACCCUCCUCCAGCGGCCCAGGCUAUACCCCUGAGCAAUAGCUCUACUCGUCUCUCCCCGCAAUCUUGCACCUAG